AUGUUCCGCACCGCCCCUCGUAUGGCCGGAUUCGUGUUCCGCGAGAACCGUGUCCCCUUCUACCAGCGUCUUUUCCAGCAGCACGACGGCAAGCGUCAGUGGUGGAAGACCGACCGCAGCCCCUACGUCAUGUACCCCUACCUCCUCUCCGUCUACGGCCUGGGUCUUGCUACCACCUACGCCAUGGGCCGUAUGGUCUUUGUCAGUACUCCCUUCAAGCUCGUGCUCCCACUGUCCUCCCCCGGGAGCACAGAUACCCUGCUCGAUCAUCGCGUACUAACCUCCCAACAGGGCCACAAGACCUGGUUCGGCAAGAACUAG